AUGCCUAAGAAAGAAGCUAUGCUGCAUGGAGAAAGAAGGGAGAGUGAGCGCUACCCAAAACCAAAGGAGAAGAAGAAAACAUUGGAGCCGAGGCAUGAAAAUGUCUUCAAAGAUACAAGCUCGAUCUUACUUCCAACCUUUGACGAGUAUGGAGCUGAAGAGGAGACUAAUGGUGCACCUAAUCUCUUUCACAAGAUAAGAAUCUUUACACCAAAAGAUUCGGAGCUUAAAGGUGACCAAUCCAUUGAAGAGAAGCUUGAGAGAACGAUGAAGCUUUUCCCCAAGGCAUUGGUUUUCAAGGAUGAAGUGAAGAGAUCAUGGCGUGCCAACACCACCACAAGAGCCCACUGA